GAUUUGGAGUAUGUGGACUUUGUUAAAGUUGGUUGUUUUAGUGAUUUUUCAGCUACUGGUAUUCUGCCUUUGGCUGGAAGAAUGUUGUUGCACCAGGAUCAAGCCCAGAGGCUUAAUGCAAGAAGGAGGAGGUUCUGUCUGGAGAUUAAUAGUGAGGUGGGAGCUGAUCUGUGGAGGGGCAUUGCGCAUCAGAAUCUGCUCUUGCAUUCAAGGAUGAUGUCUGCUGUACAGAAGGAAGGCGUUGAAAUGUUGAAGAUUUGGACUAUAGCAAUUGCUACUGUGAGCUGCCACCGUGAAGAGGAGAUUUCAAUAGCUGGAGGAGUAGCAGGUUCAGGUUUUGGGUGCUUUCUAAAGUGGUUUUUUGCACUUUGA